UCGCUCCCCACCCAACCCAUCGCAAAUCCUCGAGCACCAAGCAAGAAGAACCCUCUGAAAGCACCAACCCAAGAACACCCCCCACCUCCAGUAGAAGAAGUUUCGUUCUUGGAUUGGAGCCACCACAUCACCAAUGGCUUGUUCCACCGCAUCUCUAGCAGCGACGCUGCUGGCGUUCGCGCUGUUGUUCCAGGCCUGCCUCGCCGGGAGGCGGCUCACCGCGCUCGUGCAGGAGCCAGCCAUUACCAUGAAGUACCACAGGGGCGCGCUCCUGUCGGGCCGCAUCGCCGUCAACUUCAUCUGGUACGGCAACUUCUCCGCGCCGCAGCGCGCGGUGAUCACCGACUUCGUCUCGUCGCUGUCCGCGCCCCCGGCGGCGGCGGGGCAGCCGGAGCCGUCGGUCGCCACCUGGUUCAAGACGGCGCGCAAGUACUACGCCAACUCCAAGGCGCGGUUCCCGGCGCUGUACGUCGGCACCCACGUCCUCGACUCGUCCUACUCCCUCGGCAAGCGCCUCACGGACGGGGACCUCCUCAAGCUCGCCGCCAAGGGCGCCCCAAGCCGCGCCAUCAACGUGGUGCUCACCGCCGACGACGUCGCCGUCGACGGGUUCUGCAUGUCCCGGUGCGGCACGCACGGCGCGUCCCCGCGGUCCCGCUCCGGCCGGUUCGCGUACGUGUGGGUGGGCAACCCGGCGUCGCAGUGCCCCGGCCAGUGCGCGUGGCCGUUCCACCAGCCCGUGUACGGCCCGCAGGCGGCGCCGCUCACGCCCCCCAACGGCGACGUCGGGGCCGACGGGAUGGUGAUCUCGCUGGCGUCCAUGAUCGUCGGCACGGUGACCAACCCGUUCGGCAACGGGUUCUACCAGGAGGGCUCCGCCGACGCGCCGCUGGAGGCCGCCACGGCGUGCGCCGGCGUGUACGGCAAGGGCGCGUACCCCGGCUACGCGGGCUCGCUGCUGGUGGACCAGGCCAGCGGUGCCAGCUUCAAUGCCAACGGGGCCCACGGGAGGAGGUACCUGGUCCCGGCGCUCGUGGACCCGGACACGUCGUCGUGCGCCACCUUGGGGUAGAUUUCGUGGCGGGGCUAGUGGUUUUGUGAGGGUGGUGUGUUGCUUGUGGAGAGUGUUCCACACGGCUAAAGUCUCUGUACCUUGUAGUAGUGGAUGGAGGAUUCUUUCAUUUGUUCGAUGAAAAAGAAAUAUUUUUCAA